GUGACACUCGCAGUAAGUUUGUAUGUAUGUAACGUUUUUGAACAUUUUGAUGGGUUAAUCAGAAUAAAUAGCUGUAUUAGUGUUUUUAGUAAACAUGUAUUUCGCCGCUGGUGUUUGAAACUCGUCGGUUUCGAGUGAAAUAAAAGCAGAAGGAGAAUUUUAAGCUGAAAACCAUCGAGGUUCGAGGAAAACAUGACCGAGGAAACGCUGCUGUUCAUAGAUAUUCGAGACUCGAAGAUCUCCACGGCGGCUGAAGCUGAGAGCAGUGGGUCGCUCUGGACCUCCAGCGAUAACUCCUUCAGAUUUAACUUCGUCACGGGCAGCGACACCGCCGCGCCGCCGCCGCCGCCAGCCGCGCCGCCGACCUUCACGGGGCAGACCUCCGCUUUUGCUUUCAACUUUCAAAUCCCUCCUGCAGAAGACAUGGACACGGCAGAGGCUGCAAAACCCGCCUCGUUGCUAGGCAACCAACAGGAAGGGCCUUCCCGACCACAGGGGGGCGCCACUGCGUGUGAAACGUCAGAUCAGACCAAAACAAAGAAGAAGAAGAAGCAGAAAUCUGGGAAGAAGAAGCCGUCCGACUCCGAGACUCGGCAGAAACCGGCAGAAGAGAAUCAGAAAGAGGAAGAGCCGAGCCCAGAAGAGCAGCUGGACCGGGAGCUGAACUGGUGCAUCGAGCAGCUGCAGCUGGGAAUGACGUCCCAGAAGGGAACGCCAAAACAGAAGGAGGAGGCCUCCCGCGCCCUGAAGACGCUGCGCAGCUCCAAAGCUCCUCUGGUGAAGAAGCGGCAGCUGAUGAGAGCCUUGACUGGGGAUUACAGGAAGAAGAUGGAGGAGGAGAAGAACAAGCAGUUCCAGCUCAUUCAGAGCGAAACUGCAUCGGCUCAGGUCAAAGUGGUGUCGGAUUCCCCGAAGAAGUCCAUUUUCCACCGCAGAGCGGAGGCAGGAGCCGGUCCAGGAGCCUGGCAGGUCCAGCAGCAGCAGCGGACCGAACCGCGCGGCGCCGCGACUCAGGAAGAGACGCCGGCCUUCAGCUUCGUUCCAUCCCAGGAGGAAUUUCACUUCAAUUUCUUCUGAUGUUUCUGGGCUGAAAGAAAGAUGGAGUUUCUCCAUGAACUGAAAUGAGCAACGCUCACUCAAAAUACUCAAAAGAGAAGAUUUGGUGUGAAAAUGAUCUAAAUCCAAAAGGCUGUCAUUGGUCUGUUUGUCUACAUCAUUUUUUAAUAAAGUCAGCUUUCCUACACAGUUUCAA